AUGGAUCACUACAUGGCAGUUCCAGUAAGCCGAAAUUAUCUGGAAAAAGUGGUUCGUGGAACUGCAUUAUCUAAUAUCGGAAAGAGGGUUAUUAAAGUGAAGGCCUUGGAGGCUGCUGAGACUGCAAAGCGUCUUGCAGAAAAGAAGGAGAAUGAUCGGAAGAUGAGGAAGGAGGCCCUGAAGCUUGAGCGAGCCAGGUUUUUAGAAGAACAAAACUUGAGGCAGUUGGAGCCAAAGAAGAAAAAGAAAGAACAGAAGAAAAGAGAGGCUGAUACAGCAGCAAGGAAAAGGCAAAGGGAAGAAGAGAGAAAGGAGAGAGAAGGAAAGCUAAAACAUAUCGAGGAAGCAAAGAAACACCAACUGGUGCACGAGAAAAAGGUGCAUGCUGAGAAAGAACAAAAGGAGGAUGGAAGAACAUAUGAGAGGAAGGAAUCUAAGGACAGAUUAGGAAAGUACAAUGAGACUGUAAAAGCAGAGGAAGGCCACAAUCUUCAGACAGUGCCCAACUCUGAACCUACAACUACCGAUGUUUCCAAAAUUGACACCAUAAAUGCAGGCAUCAUUCCUGAAGAUUCUGAGGCUUUGAGUGAUUGUGGAGAUAACUCAGAGGUAGAAGCUCAUUAG